AUGUCGAGUGACAAGCGCGAAGUGUGGGCCAAGGCCGCUACCGACGAGUUCAAUUCCAUGCGCGACGACUUCAAGGUCUUCACCAUCGAGGACCGAUCCACGGUACCAGCGGGUGCGACCAUCGUCACAUCCAAGUUCGUCUGGAAAACGAAACGGAAUGCACUCGGCGAAGUCACCGGCCACAAGGCACGGCUCGUGGCGCAGGGAAAUCGGCAACGCGACGGCAUCGACUUCAACGAAACCUUCGCACCAGUCGCACGCUUCUCCUCGAUACGCUCACUCCUCGCGCUGGCGGCCGCCAACGGCUUGCACGUGCACCAGGCGGACAUCGACAAAGCCUAUCUGCAUGGCGACCUUGACCAUGACAUCUGGAUGACGACACCGCGCGGCUUCGACCUUCCCACCGACAAGGUGCUUCGUCUGCGACGCUCCAUCUACGGACUCAAACAGGCUGGCCGAAUCUGGAAUCGACACAUCGACGCAUCGCUUCGAGAUCUCGGCUAUACGGCGACGGGCACCGACCACUGCGUGUACUCUCGGAUCGACGAUCGGCGACGCCCACACUACAUCGCGCUGUACGUCGACGACCUCCUGAUGAUCAGCCCCGACUUGGCCGAAAUUGAACGUGUCAUCUCGGGCCUCGAACAACGCUACGGCGUCAAGCGCCUCGGCCCGGCAGAGUACAUCCUCGGCAUCCAGAUCAGGCGACUCGAAGACGGUUCUAUUGCCCUGUCCCAGGAACGGUACAUCAUGGACGUGCUUGCUCGGUUCCACUUCGACACCACGACUCGCGGCACUACAGUCCCGAUGACCCCCGGACUUUCGCUCACCGCCAUCCCGGGUCAAGGCACCGAACGGAUCAGGUCAUGGUAUCUGCAGGCUAUCGGCUCGCUCCUCUACAUUUCGCUCGGCACCCGCCCCGACAUCGCCUUCGCCGUGUCCUACCUGGCCCGCUUCGCCAACAACCCUGGACGUCGUCACUGGAUCGCGGUCAAGCACAUCCUCCGCUAUCUCCGGGCCACAUAUCGCGACGAACUGGUUUAUGCUUGCGGCGAGACACGCAUCACGGGCGUGGUUGGCUACUCCGACGCGAACUGGGGGGCCUGCGUCGAUACGUCGGUGUCCACUAUGGGCUACGUCUUCUACAUUGCCGGAUCCGCCGUGUCUUGGUCGUCCAAGCGUCAAUCUCGAGUUGCCGAUUCUACCACCGACGCUGAAUACCUCGCCCUCUCGCAUGCUGGCAAGGAAGGGAUCUACCUCAGUCAGCUGCUCGAGGAGCUCCAUGUCCAACCUGUUGCACCGGCUCACAUUUUUACUGACAAUGAAGCCGCUGCCGCAGUUGCCCACGACCCUGUCCGCGUCUCCGGCACUCGACACAUACGCUUGCGCGAGCACUUUGUUCGGGACAUGGUGAAUCGGGGCGAUAUCUCACUCUCGCAUGUGGGAACCAGCAACAUGGUGGCCGACAUCUUCACAAAGGCUCUUGGCCCAAAGAUUUUCUCGACACACUGCUACGCACUAGGCCUUCGCACUCGACACCCACGGCUUGGAUCUGCCUCGCAUUCGCGUGGGGGGGGUGUGAAGAGUCCACUCUCAGCUCGACAGGGGCGCCUCGGUCGUUGCGCGCGCCUGCUAGCCUGGCCCCUGUGGUGGGGACUUAGGCGCGCGCGAGUGCCUCAGCGCGCCGGCGCCGGCGGUUUUCGGGCGCGCGCCGCUAGCCCGCCCUUGCAGUGGGGACUUAGCCGCGCGCGACUGCCUCAGCGCUCCAGCGAUUUCGCCCGCGCCUGGGCAUAUCCCAGCGCGGGCCCCCCUUUCCAUUUCUUAGCUUCCUUCUCAUCACUUCUGUUCGACUCUCGACUUCUCCUGACAGUAG